GGGGCAACGGGGCCUUGCUCUCCGCCUCGCCAACUGUAGUUGCGGGAGGAGUGGGGGGGCGGGUUGAUAAUAAGCGGCGCCCCUCACCCUGUCGGGACGCCUUCCCUUCAUCCCGGCUUCCAGCAGCAACCGAGCGGGGUUGUCUCCUAAAUUGCCUCCUCGCUCUCUGGGCCCAACUCGCCGCGUGCGAAGGCCGGGACUCCGACUGGGUCGGCCCCAAACGAGGUGAUAGUGGGGGGGAGGCCCUUUGGGCCAGAACUGAGCAGCAGGAUUACUUCCCCCCACCACCAUCAAAAAAAAAGAAGAAAAUAAUUCGGGGUGCAGCCAGAGAUUCUUCACAGAGCAGCUGGAGAGGAAGAAGUCUCCCUUGGCCUCCUUUCAGAAGACUUCGAACCCUCCUUUGGGAUGGAUGCCCUUCAAAUUCAGGAAGAGCACGUAGAAAGAAACCUGUGCGGAAGGAAGUUCUCAGGAACGCUUCCUGCCGGCCAUUGGACCCGAUGAAUCGGCAUCUGAAGAACGACGGGCCUAGAUUCCGGUUUGCCUGAAAACUGGAGCUCAUGUGUUCAGUGUCCUUUGAUUAUGUCAGCCCGUUGUGUGGGAAACCCUCUAAUGCACAGUACUGUAACCCAGGCUGACUUUUAUAGCCGCAUAGGAAAUUGUAUAAAAGUUGUUCCCUUCAGAAAAUCAUUUCUGUCCGUUUGCCUUCGCUCGCUGCUUGAAACACAGCUGGACUGCGUAGUGACCAUCACUCCAAGGGCUGGAAGUUAACCCCCGAAAGGUGUUGCUAUGGGAUGAUUCUCCAUUUAGGAUAAAAACAGAGACUCUUUAGGUUACUUUCGAAGUUGUAAUCUAAGGUCAGCAUUGACUUUGGUCUUCAGCGGUCAGUUCUGAGCGCGUGCUAACCGUGAACGCUCCCGUACCUACACCUGUGGCCUAAAGCGAUGGAAACCAUGCCUUGAGAGUAGCUGCAACAAACGCAUAGCCAUGACGGAACCCCACCGGGUGCAACUCACCUCCUUAUCAGGCCCGCUGGGUACCACUUUGCUGAAAAAACCUCGGUGGGAGGAUGUCGCCAAUCCAGAACACCCUCCAGAAUCUGAGCCUGCAGCUGCAGCCGUACGCAUCGCCCUCUCCCUUUUUGAGCCAGAUCACAAGCGCUGCCCGGAAUUUUUUUACCCGGAACUGCUGAAGAUGACGCGAGGCAAAACAAAAAGCAGUUCUGCAGGAGAAAAGAAAAAAGACUUUGCUGAUCCCUUCAACGACGAAGAAAAGGAGAAGCACAAAGCGGAAGCCCUUACCAGGAAGUUUGAAGAGAAAUAUGGAGGAAAGAAGCGCAGGAAAGACCGUUUUCAGGAUUUGAUUGACAUGGGACAAGGAUAUGAUGAAUCAGAUUCUUUCAUUGAUAAUUCUGAAGCUUAUGACGAGCUUGUUCCAGCAUCUCUAACAACCAAGUAUGGAGGCUUCUACAUCAACUCUGGAACUCUGCAGUUCCGACAGGCAUCCGAGUCUGAAGAUGACUAUAUCAAGGAGAAAAAGAAGAAAUCUCCUAAGAAGCGGAAAUUGAAAGAGGGAGGUGAGAAGGUGAAGAAAAAGAAGAAAGAUGACAAUUACGAGAAAGAGAAGAAAUCUAAAAAAUCGAAAUUUCCAAAAACUGGUUUCACAGCUCUGAACGCCAGCAAAGAGAAGAAGAAAAAGAAAUACUCAGGGGCCUUGAGCGUCAAGGAGAUGCUGAAGAAAUUUCAGAAGGAAAAAGAUGCCAAGAAGCAGAAGGACGAUGAACCCAAACUUAGCAUUCCCUCAUUGGCCGAAACCCCAGCUCAGCGGGAAGUGGAGUCCGUGCCCGACCCUCUUCUCUCUCUCUUCGGCCACACGAGUGAAAACGAACUGCUUCAGGCAGCCACAGCCAUGGACUCCCUGACUGACCUGGACCUGGAACAGCUUCUGAGUGAAUCUCCGGAGGAAAGCCCUUUUAUGGAGAUGGAAAAUGGAAGCGAUCCCCUGGGAGCAGGCCUGGAACCCGACCUCAAGCAGGUCCCUCCCUCCCUCCCUGAGGGGCUUCCAGAACCACUGAUGAAGCGUGUUGAAGAGCUUACUCAGGCUGCCAGAGCUGCGGAGAGAGAAGGCAAACACAAGUUCUUCAACCAAGACAUGAAUAGCAUCUUACUGGAUAUAGAGCUGCAAACCCGGGAGCUGAACAGCCAAAUGCGAUCAGGGGUCUACGCGUAUCUGGCCUCCUUCUUGCCCUGCAACAAAGAUACUCUGGUCAAGCGAGCCCGGCGACUUUACGUGUAUGAACAGGGGGGUCGGCUGAAGGAGCCCCUUCAGAAGCUGAAAGAGGCCAUUGGCAGAGCAAUGCCUGAGCAGAUGGCCAAGUACCAGGAAGAAUGCCAAGCACACACCCAGGCCAAGUUUGCCAAGAUGCUGGAAGAGGAGAAGGACAAGGAGCAAAGAGACCGAGUUUGUUCGGAGGAUGAGGAUGAGGAUGAUAAAGGAGGAAAGAGGAUCAUGGGACCUCGGAAGAAGUUUCAGUGGAAUGAUGAAAUCAGAGAUUUGCUCUGCCAAGGUGUGAAGAUGAAACUGGAUGGGUAUGAUGUGGAGAAGAACAAAGCUCAGUCCAUGGAAGACUACGUAAAAACAUUCCUAGACGCUGAAAUCAAACCUCUUUGGCCAAAGGGAUGGAUGCAGGCCAGGACAUUGUUCAAAGAAAGCAGAAAAGUGCACAGUCAUCUCACUUCAAUCCCAACAAAGAAAAAAGUGAUGGCCCCUCCAAAGGUGAAGGGAAAGGAGCCUUCUGGCAAACCUGAGAAGAAGAUUCCCCUUCCCAUCCCAUUGAUCCACUCCAGCGGUGCAGUUUCUCUUUCUCCAGACUCCCAGGGAGUUGUUGUCGGCCUCAGCCCUCAAACUAGGGAACUGUUGGCUAUGAGUUCAAAUCCAGUCACCAGCACCAUGGCCGCUCCUCCUCUUCCUCCCCCUCCUCCUUUCACCUUGGACGAUUCCCUCGACGAGGACUUGAUCCAUCACACAACUUCAUCUUUGGAAGCUGUCUCCAAGGAACUGGCUGCGCUCAACAGCCGGACGGGAGGCAGCAGCCCUGACUUCACACUCUCUCCAGCUCUGAAGACGCCCGUGGAGAAGCCCUCGACUCAGACCAGCUUGGAAGAGAAGAGGAUCUUCCCCAAAGCAGCUCCCGCCCCUGUUCAUUCAGCUGCAGGAGGCUCUGUGCAGUCUCCACUCAACUUCUUGGCCGAACAGGCGUUGGCGCUAGGCCAAUCUCCUCAAGAGAAAAAAAUUGAGGCCCCCGCUUACAAAGAACUCCCUUGCCAGAGUCCUCCUUCCAAGCAUCUGGAUGCCCACCAGGCCAAGCCGAAACACCACAGCCUGCCCCGUGCGCUGCAGCAGGGCCCUCAGACGUCAACCCCGGUGCAGACUCCCCAAGUCAAAGUGUUUCCUCUGGUUGCUCAGCAGCAGAAAAGCUUCCCCCCUUCCCCACCUUUUGUCAAGCUGCAGAACCCCAAGAUCGUCUCCCCGCUGGCUCAGCGCCCUCUCCUCCAGCAACAAGUCAAGACCCCCACCAAGGUUCCCACCUUCCAUUCUUCCUCCUCUCCUUCCUCCUCCUCCUCCUCCUCAACCAUCUCUCCCAAGACCCCCAAUUCUUCGGUCUCUCUGAGUUAUGUCGGGAAGCAUCCCAGCAGCCCUAGCUCCUCAGGGCAGCCUUUCAAGUCACCUUUUGUGGCCCUGUCCAGGCACGUGGCUUCUGCCGGAAACGUAUCAUCCGGCAUUUCCUCGACGCAGAGCUCCCCGUCUUCGAGCAACAUCCUGCCAGGUGCCUCUGUCCCUUCCGCUGGGCAGGCUCCCAGUCGCUCCUCGCCCAGUUCCAUGGUGAAGAAGACCCUCGUCCCUCAAAAGCUGACUUUGGUGGCUCCGCCGGGAGGUCCCAACGUCAGCUCCAGUGGAGGAACGCAAGGAGUGGCCAAGUUGCUGACAUCUUCCCUGAAACCUGCCGUGGUUAGCAGCUCCGUAUCCUCUACCUCUGGGCCGAAAGGAACCGGUGGAGCAGUCCUGCUGACCAGUUCGUCUUCCUUGAAUGUCCUGUCUCCUUCCUACAAAUCCAACAGCCCAAAGCUGCCCACUGCACUGAGCUCUACUCCGCUGGGGAUUAUAUCACCAAUCCAUUCCUUCCCUCUUCACGUGAUUUCCUACAGCUCGGAUUCUUCAUCCAAGGCUGGCGUGUCGAAGGACGUGGUAGUCACAGGACCGGCCCCAGCGACAUUCCAUCACAGCGUUGGCCAUAGGAGACAGUCCAGGCUGCCCCUGCUAGCUCAUUCCUUGAGAACUGCACUUUCAAGUGAUGACUUGACCUGUGGGAAGGGAAUCGUUGCUGGGAUUUUGCCCCAUCCAAUGCCCUGCGCCCCUUCAGGUCUUCUGGCUGGGUUGUCCACCAGCCUCCAUCAGGCAGGGCCGCCUGCCCAUUUAUCCCACAGUUUGCCAGAUAGUUCUCAGCUACACAGCAAAGGGCCCAAUGUACAACCGCGGAAAUUGUGACAGUUCUGGAAAACAAAACAAAAAAAAAAGAACACAACCAGCUCUGGGAAAAAAAGCCUGCAGAAUGCAGCAAGGGAGCCUCUCCCCUUACUUACUUCCUUGCUCUUCCUUCUUCGGUGGAAUCGAUCUGUAGGUCCCCCCACUUCCCUUUAUCCCAGUUUGGACUAGAUUCUUCCCUGGUGGAGGGGCAGGGGGAGGAUCGGGGAAGGAGGAGCUGUCUGAGCCAAAUGCUGAGGAAGGAAGCAUUUCGCAGGCCCUACUCCUCACUUCAAGUUCCUCCAGGGUCCAGAUCAGGGGGGAGGCGAGAUCCUUUUAACAGAUCUCCAGAAGCCAGGUUCCAUGUGUCCCUGCCAGGUGCCUCUUAAUUCUGCAAGCGGAGUCUUGUAAAGGCCCUCGCUUCUGCUUGCGGAUGGACUGGCUCAUGGAAGGUCGGCCCUGAGUGAAUCUGGGGGGGGGGGGGGGGGGUGAUUCUCCUCCCCGAAGGCACCUUUCCGAAAGCUUUGCUUGAUCCUUGCCUGGAAGAUCUUUCCUCCUCCGUGGCAGCUCACUGGUCCUCUCAGAAGGAAGUGAAAACUUUUGAGAGGCCUUAAGAUGCACUUGUGGACCUCGAAACGCCGAUUGGGGUCUUCUUUUGGCCGUUCUCUUGCCCUGCCUUCUUCCCUUUCCUCAACACGCCCAGUUCUCCCCCUUCUCUCCACUGAAGACAUCGGAUGGAGCUAAGCCCAGCCCUCCCCCCUUCCCCCCCCCCCCAUGGGUCAAUGUGUAUAACGAAGCUGUCAUUUCAGUGCCUUUUGAUGGUGGAGCCAGAAUGCAACCUAUCCCAAGCUCUCUUUGGUUUUUGGGGGUUUUUUUGGGGUGGGAGCUCGCCAAGAGCUUUUUAACGUUCUCCUUUUUUAAAACAUCCUUCUCUGUUAUUUAAAGACGCAUCGGGAUUUAUUUAAGGGAACUUUGUGGGGGGCUAUAGGGUGGGAGGGGAGGGGGUGGCCCAUCGUCACUCCCAUUUUAACCGCGCUCGCCGGUGGAUGCCACGCUGAUAACGUGGGUUGGGCAUUUCUUGGAAAGCUGUCAGUUCUCUGCCCCGAGUUCUCUUUAAGCAUUUUGCAAAAUCGAGCCAAGGACUUCCUGCUUUGCUGUGAGGUCUGGCACAUUUUAUGCAGCCAGUGACCUGAUGUGGGGGCACAUUUGCUCACAUGGGAGUUUGUCUCUUUGUGCCUGGAACAACUAAAAGAGCUCCCCUUAUGCUCUGAAUGGAAGGGAGAGUCUGUUUUAUUUCAGGACUUAAGUCAUUUUCUAAGUAGACUCCCCCCCCCUUUCUUUCUUGAGCUGCUUAGUUGCAACUCUUUUAACUGGCUGGGGAUCCUUUAAAAUCCAACCAGGGCUACCAUUUGCCCAGCAUUGGUUAUGUUUUGCUGCUGUGCUAAAGAUUUGGGGGCAGAUUCUCCUAAUUUUGACGCAGCAUCCGGUCUGGAGUUUAGGAGUGGUGCGGUGGCCUAGAGGUGAAGCGCUCAUCUCACCAUCAGAAGGCUGUGAGAGUUCGAUCCUAGGUAGGGGCAGAUAUUUCUCUCUCUCGGCACGCUGAGAAUUUACCUGCUGAACAAAACUCCACAUUGGUGACAGGAAGGGCAUCCGGCCAUUAAAAUACUCUGCUUGCUCCAUUCAGUUGCCCAGAGUCCACCCCCAAGGGAUCAUGGGGUCGUUAAAAAGAAGGUGAUGAUGAUGAUGAUGAUCUGGUCUGGAGGUUACUUUGGAGUAAAGCUGAUGAUCUAAAUUUUCGGCUUGGCUUGUCACUGUUCGAUUCUCCAAUCUGCUGCCCCUUCUAGAGAAACAUAGGCCUUGCAGUAGGAGAGGAGUAACUAGUACAGGCAUCAAUUAUCCCAUUUUUCUUUUGGGAUUGUUUGUUUGGAGCAAAAACAUGUUUGAGCGCACACAGUACAAGGCUCAUUAAACUAGCCAGGGCAGUUACUUGCCAGAGUUGCAGAGUUGUUUUUCUUGCAAACUCCCAAACUCAACUUGAAAGCUUAUCAGCCCCAACUUGAGUGUCUAUUUGCGGCCAGCGGAAAUUGUUUCUCGCAGCCUCCUCUUCCAUUUUUAACCCCAAUUUACUGAUUCUUCCAACUCAAACAGAGGAAAAGCACUUGAUUCAUCGAUUCGUCGAACCCCCUUUUAAAAAAAAAACAAAAAAAAACAGCGAGUUCUGUUUGAUUUGAGACAACCCCCUCUCCCUCCCCCCCACCCCCACCCCAUCUUAGAAAACCAGUUCUUUCCUUUGAAGGGUCUUAGGAUUCUUGGUUAACCUGUGCAAAAUUGUUUCAAGUCUUUUGCAUUUUGUUUUUGUUUUUGUUUUGGGGCCUUUUCUUUUCCCAAUAGUUAAUUUUGGCCUCGUUGGGCUUAAGUUAUUUCUGUUCAAAACGUUGCAGCGGAAGAGCCAAAGACUGCAUAUUCAAGUCGCCCGGUUUCUUUUUGAAACGCAUUUUUCUUCUUCUUUUUCUUCUUCUUCUUUUUUUUUUUUAAAGUACGUGGAUUUUGGUGGAGGGGUGUUGUGUUUCGUCAGAGCUCAGUCCCCACUCUGUGUUAAUUACCUCUCGAAAAGCUGCUUUUGAUCAGUCAUAGGAACAAGCGCUUGGCACUUGGCAGGAUUUGGGCCUUGCAUGAGCCAUUAUCCCUCCCCCCCCCCUCUUCUCCCAAAAGCUUUGGUUGCUACGCGUACUGGUGCCUGCCACAGCUGGAGAAGAACCCCUUAUCUAUUUUUUAAAAAAAGGAAAUGUUCACAAAGCCUCUUGCCUCAGGGAAAUGUUAUGUGGUGGAACUUCUGCCCAAUCUCUCCCCCUCCUGCUUUCCUCCCUUCCCCUCCCUCUCCACCCCGUUGUGUUUUAAGAAGUAGAACUUAACAAGCAAGCCAUGGCACAGGGCAAGAUCAAAGAACGGUGGGGGGGGGAGGCAGGCGGGCGGGCAGUGCCUCAGCGGCAACCGGAGCUGCUCGCCCAGGACUGUGCCUGCCUUGGCUUUUGACUCUUGGGGGAGAUUUUGUUUACGGUGGGCAUAAGCCCCACCAGAUGGCACUUAAAAAUUUUAAAAAGCAGCCUCUUUUUAUGUGCGGAAAGAGCUGUGAUUUAUUUUUGUGUGUUUGGGAGAAAGGGGUGGGGGGGUUGGGUUGGCUGGGGGAAAUGGCAGCCUUUCUAGGAAAAUAAGGAGGGUGGAGGUGACAUGGAAAAUGAUUAAUCUUGUAUACUGCAACUGAAUAAAAUUGUUUUUUUUUUCCAGAA